CUCUGUUCAACUCAGCAACAAAAUGCAUCCAUGAAAGAGCAACGAUCAUGCCAGUGUAUCCGUGGAUAAGGCUGCGCAACCAUCCAAAUGCAACGAUGCACAGCUGGUGUACUCCUCGAAAUCCGUGUCUGGGAAUAUGUCCCAAAAUGCGCUCAAUAUCACGUAUUUUAAGAACCGAUACUUUGCUUGCUGAUUUGGAGUUUUCUUUUGCUUUGGUGAAUAGUCUAUCCACGUACCCAGGACACCAAAUAAUAUUAUGACGAAUCAAUCUCCUGCUUCUCCAGUACCAUCGCAAGAGCUCGAUAACCGUCACUCGUUUACUGCAUCUGCAAAUUCGGGUAUAGACAGCAAUUCCAACGCUUCGCCAGACGAAACAAAGACUGCUAAUACUGUGUCAAAGAGCAAUCUGGAAAAGGAUGAACCCUUACCGGCUGAAAAUGAUGUGGCAUCCAGUUCGUGCAUCGAUUCUCCAAAUGUACCAACUUCCGUUCAACCGACCACUGCCGACAUCUUUUCUCAGACUGUUCCGGAAGGCUCUGGGCAAGAUACCGCCCAGCCUGAAGCAGCACAAGAAUAUCUCGUAAAGCAGAUUGACUGGAUUUAUGAUGAAGAAAAAGCACCGCGCCGAAUAUCAAUUGUCACACAAAACGAGAACGGCCCCUGCCCGCUGAUUUCCAUCUGCAACGUGCUUUUGCUUCGUGGCGAUAUCGAUAUCCUUCCACCUGACAGAGAGAAAGUGACCUUUGGAUAUCUCGUGGGCUUACUGGGCGAUUAUCUUUUGACACAUGGACCUCCUGAAUCGCAGGGAACGAUGACCUCGUCGGCUGCGGUAGUAUCCAGUUCGCCACUCUCAGCAUCACCCGUUGGUGAAGAAAGCAAGCUCGAAUCACGACCUAUUCAUAACCUCGUACCGCGGCAAUCAACUGCAGAAUAUGUCUUGACGUAUCGCCAUAAUCUGGAUGCUGCCUUAUCUAUGCUCCCUAAUCUGCAGACUGGGCUAGAUGUCAAUGUGCGUUUCUCCUCUACAAGGGACUUUGAACCUACAGCCGAACUGGCUAUGUUUGAUCUAUUCGACGUAGAUCUUGUCCAUGGAUGGAUCGCUGAUCCCCAGGAUGCAGAGACCUACCGUAUAGUAGUGGAACAAUGUGGAUCUUACAAUGCAGUUGUUGAAUGUAUCGUGCGUGGUGAUACACUUGCCAGCGGAGCUGCGAUCAACAACACGGAAGAGCAACAGACAGACGCUGAGCAGCCAUCAACGCCAGGAAACGAGCAAGCCAUCCAUGAUGGCCUCGUGGCUGCUGAGUUUCUGCAAGAUACCGCCACUCAACUGACCUAUUACGGUUUGGAAUUGCUGCUGGAUACCAUUGCCCGGGGGAAAAUAUGCGUACUCUUCCGUAAUAACCACUUUUCAACUGUCUAUAAACAUCCGGAGACCGAGCGUUUAUACAUGCUUGUUACGGAUUCCUCACUGGCGUCCGAGCGAUCCUUUGUCUGGGAAAGUUUAAGUGAUGUAGAUCAGGGGAUGUCGGAAUUUUUCGACAGUCAUUUUCAGAAACCUCAUGAAACAGGUCUACCGUCGUCACCUCAGCUUCACGGACAAACAUCUGGAUCAGAUGAUCGCACGGAUUUGGAUUACGCUAUUGCAUUAUCACUACAACAGCAAGAUCAAGCGUAUCAACAAGCACAGCACAACACAUCGCUUCAUGUACCUUCCACUUCCUCCGCCUUACCUUUGCCGCACACUCCUACACAAGCAUCUCCUUCACUUGGUCCGCAGCAUCAUCAUCCUCAAGCAUCACCAGCUUCUUCCAAGAAAAAGAAACAAAACUGCAUCAUAUCUUGAAAAGAGUGACGAUGCAUGAGGAUAAGUAGACUGAGGCGCUAUUACCAGUAACAGGGGGACAUAUUUGUCACUUUGACCCACCAUUAUCACCACAUUGCCACAUGUCAAGUUUUUAUAAGUUUUAUUUUGAACCCUAUUUUUUUCUACGUUACAGCAAACUUUUUUUUUCUUUAUAAACCAGUCAGUUAUUCUGUGUGACAUGCUGG